CUGUAGUAUUCCCGGUACUGUUAUCCACACAACUGUCGUCAACACUCGUUGGCAAACUCGUUGAUGUUUUAUCAGCGCUGUCUCAGUUUACUUUGGGGGAGUUGGCUGAGCCAAUGAGGGAUGACACGUGCUUGCAGAUUCUCAACAAUAAAUUACUGGAGCACACGUUUCGGAGCAAACAUUGUUGACAUUGCAAAUGAGGGAAUGGCAAUGAACUAAAUGUUCGUGGGUGAAACGGAUGAAGUCGAGUUGAGGAGUAACUUGGGGUUUUAUUCAUUGAAUUGAAUGUAAGUUGGAGAAACUAAUUUUGUGUUAUGUUCGUAUGUGAGGGUGUGAAUAAGUUGUGAGCAGUUGUCAAGAUGUUUUGAACAUCUUGUUUAGUUGACAGUAGUGUUGAGUAUUGAAUGGAACAAGACAUACAGUGGCUUGUUUGACGAUUAUUGUAGGAAUUUCAAGAUGAACUGGAGGACUACCUUAAGGUUAUGUGCCACCGGCAAAUCGAUCCUGAGAUAUGAGCGGAGAUUUUACACGAAUAGGAACAUUCUCACGCUUCAUGACAGGGGUAUGUUCCAGGAGAUGUUUCCAGAAACUGCUGGUCCCGAAAUGAAAGCCCUGCUAGUGGGCUCCCCCCAAUCAGCUUACGCGGGUUUCGACCCGACAGCUGACAGCCUCCACGUGGGAAACCUCCUAGUCCUCAUGAACCUAUUGCAUUGGCAACGAGGGGGGCACCAAGUGAUCGUUCUCCUGGGGGGAGCAACGGGGCAGAUCGGGGACCCCAGUCACCGAACGAAAGAGAGGGAUGAAAUUAACGUUGCAGUGAUGGAGCAGAAUAUCAAGGGGAUCAGAGCGAACAUAGAGACUAUUUUCAAGCAUCACAACGCUCAUUUCUGGAGCGAUAAACAUAACGAGCCCCUGAAGCCCCCGAUUAUCCUGAAUAACUUGAACUGGUACAAAGACCUGAAUGUCAUCCAGUUCAUCAGAGGCGUUGGGAAGCACUUCAGACUGGGGACAAUGAUGGGAAGGAGUUCUGUCCAGUCCAGAUUGAAUUCAGAAGGCGGAAUGAGCUUCACUGAGUUCAGUUACCAGGUCUUCCAGGGCUUCGACUGGCUGUACCUAUUCAACAACUACAAGUGUCGGUUUCAAAUAGGUGGGAGUGAUCAGAUGGGGAACAUCAUGUCUGGGCAUGAUCUCGUCAGGAAAUCCACGGGGCAGCAGGUCUUUGGGCUGACUCUGCCUCUGAUCACUGCUGAGGGUGGGAAGAAAUUCGGGAAAUCCGUGGGAAAUGCUGUCUGGCUUUCCCCGGAGAAAUCAUCGCCUUUCAAUCUUUAUCAGUUCUUCAUUAGGACGAGGGAUUCCGAUGUCGAGAAUUUCCUGAAACUCUUUACGUUCCUGGACUUGAAGACAAUUGCGGAUAUCAUGAAGAAGUUUAAUGAGGCACCUGAGAAGAGAGAAGCACAGAGAAUUUUGGCGGAAAAUGUUACCCUGUUGGUUCAUGGAGAGGAAGGCCUCAGCGCAGCCAACCACGCCUCUGCACUCCUCUACGACAACUCCCUCGACUCCCUCUCAAAAAUGAGUGUCGAUGAGAUUCUAAAUGUCUUCGAGGGUGCCAAAGUAUCAGAGCUACCCCCAGAGCCAGGGAUCACCACCUACGGACUCGCCAUGAAGAUAAACUGCUUCAAAACGGACAGAGACGCCCAGAGAAUCAUCUCAGCCGGUGGAUUUUACAUUAACCACAGUAAAAUCAUGAAUGUGAACGAAGUUAUUACUCCUGGCAUUCACAUCCUGCCGAAUAAUACGACGUUGGUGAGAGUGGGAAAGAAAACGUACCACGUUGUGAGGUGGUUGAUGUAAUGAUUCUAUGUUAAAUUGUAAUUUAUUUUGAGUAAUUAAACGUGUUACAAAAAUCAUGA